AUGGCAUCGUAUUACUUCACCAUAAUAGGAACUUUGGACCGGCCACUAUACGAGUUAGAGUUUGCUUCUUUUAAAAACCCAACAGCUCAAGGAGUACCGGGCAAAUCCCAGUUCUCCGCCAGUGUUAAAGAGAUCCUCCCAUUUAUAGCCAACUCAUCCUUAGACGUGGUCGAGGAUGCCCAAUGGAAUAGUAACCAGUUUCAUUUAGGGAAAAUCGAUGCUUUUUUUGGACUCCAGGUCAAUGGGUACAUUACGCAGGGUAAUAUCAAAUUCUUACUUUGCUACGAGACUCCAACUAAUGCCAAUUUGGCCCUCCAUGCUAAACAAGAUGAUACUACUUUAAAACAGUUUUUCAACGAAGUCAACGAUCUAUAUGUCAAAUGUCUUCUCAACCCCUUUUACUCAGUUAACGAUGCAAUAACUUCACCUGAUUUUGAUCUACGAGUGAAACUAAUUGUUAGAAAAUACCUUUAA